AUGAUAAAAUGGAAACUACGGGCAAUUGUUGGUUGUAAACAUCCAAAACGAACAUAUAGUAACUCAAUUGGUGAAGAUGAAAUAUCAACAUGGGAUUUGGUUGAUGAUACAGAUGCUAUCAAUCUUGUAGCAUUUAGUUUAGAUUCAUAUAUAAUGUCGAAUAAAUUAGUUGAAGGACAAGUAUCAUAUGAAUUCGAUGAUUUAUCAAUUCGAACUGUUGAUAAUCUUUACAAAAAAUUACCUCAUGCAUAUCAAUUAAUUGUAAAUAAGGCAACUAAAGUACGAGAAAUUAUUAUGUCAUUUAAUUAUCAAUUGACAUAUAAUUUCAUCCAUUUGAAUGAAAUCGAAAUAUUACCAUUGAAUUCAAUAAUUGAUGCUCACAUGAAAGUCUUAAGAGAUUAUAGAAUUACAGUAGGAAAUACAAAUGGUAAUUCAUGGACUCGACGGGAACUUCAUGUUGCUCAAGAUGGUGCUCAUAUCAGAUUAACAUUAUGGAAUGAACAGGUUUUAUUAUAUCUACGGUUAUUUAUUUUAACUCUUUCUUUUUUAUUAGGCUAA